AUUAAAACAUUUUAAUUCUAUUAAAAAUUAAAUAUAAUUUAUUAUAAUUUUAUCUAUUUACAUUUACUAGGAAAUAUAUUUAAAUUUUAUACUCAAAUAAAUAAUUUUAUUAUAUCCGUUGAAUAGUGUAUAAGUGUAAUGUGCAUUUAAAAAUCAGGUUCCUAUAGUGCACUAUUUUUAACUUAAAUUGUGUUUGCUAUUUUCAAGAAAAUGAAUUCUGCACUAUUUAGAAUUCCUAAGGACAUAGUAAUUAAAAAUCGUUAUUAUAAUAAUUUUUUAACUAAAGUACAUGUUGCUACUACUCCUGUAUGUAUAAAUCGUAAUUUUAGUACAGCACUUAAUGAUGAGCACGUCACGAAAAAUCAUAGGAGUCUAUAUUAUAAGUUGUUUUUAUAUUCAGUUUUGUUUGGUGUUGGUGCUUAUUCUUCCUACAAAUUUUCGUUGAAGAAUAAAUUCCUACCAUCAAUAGCUGCUGCAGAAGAAGUUUCAGAAACUGACUCCGAGUCAGAGAAUGAGGUUGAAACUAGAAAAAAGAGGUUUAGAAAGGAGAAAAUCGGAUUUAGGGACAGAAAGAUAAUCGAGUAUGAAAACCGUAUGCGGCAUUAUUCCACUCCAGAUAAGGUAUUCCGUUACUUUGCCACUCUGCAGGCCCAGCAUCAUGAUCAGCAUGAAGUUUUCAUGACUCCUGAUGAUUUCCUGCGAUCUAUGACACCGGGGGUUAAACAACCAGAUGGAUUAGGAUUGGAUCAGUACAGAAGAUAUGACCCAAAAACUAUCAGCCAACGUCUGAACUUGGACCUCGAUGAAGACUCUAUAUUCUACAAGUUGGGUUCAUCUGGCCUCAUAACUUUCAGCGACUAUAUUUUUCUCCUCACUGUUUUAUCCACAUCGCGGCGUCAUUUCGAGAUUGCGUUCCGAAUGUUCGAUCUGAAUGGUGACGGGGACGUAGACUGCGAGGAGUUCGAGAAGGUCGCCGCCCUCAUUCGUCAGCAGAGCAGCAUCGGCUCCAGGCACCGUGACCACGCCAAUACUGGCAACACAUUCAAGGGAAUUAAUUCAGCUCUGACAACAUAUUUCUUCGGACCCAAAUUGAACGAGAAACUAACGAUUGAGAAGUUUUUGGAUUUCCAGCAGCAACUCCAAAAGGAAAUUCUCUCGCUUGAAUUUCAGAGGAAACAACCAGAUGAUAAUGGUCGCAUCACAGAAGCAGACUUCGCCGAAUUGCUGCUCGCAUACGCGGGCUAUCCGGCCAAGAAGAAGGCAAGGAUGUUGAAACGUGUAAAGAGAGCUUUCCGCGACCACGGCGUGGGCAUCACCAAGGACGACUACCUCAAGUUCUUCCACCUGCUGAACAAUAUCAAUGACGUGGACACGGCGCUCACGUUCUACCACAUCGCGGGUGCGUCCAUCGACCAGCCCACACUGCGGCACGUGGCCCGCACGGUGGCACACGUCGACCUCGACCCCCAUGUCAUCAAUGUCGUGUUCACCAUAUUCGACGAGAACAUGGAUGGUCAGCUCAGCAACCGCGAGUUCGUGGCGGUGAUGAAGAACAGGUUGCUUCGCGGACUGGAGAAGCCCAAGGACACAGGUUUCGUCAAACUAAUGUACUCAUUGAUCAAGUGUGCACGGGACACCAAGCCAGCAAUACUUGACUUUUAGACGCUAUCAUUACAUAUUUACUAGACAAAUGCUUUAUAUUGUAAUAAGACAUAUUAAGAUUUACGGUCAAUGCAUCACUCGGACGGUCGGCACAGUUGGUAAAAGCGCUCAGACGUAACCCGAGAGGUCGUGGGUCGAGGGUUCGAGUCUCGAAUCGUUCAUAAAUUUGUUUACAAAUUUAAUUUAAAUAAAACACUUAAAGGAUUAAAACGCGUGUCAUUGUAACGUUUUUACAUUAGUUGUUUGCGUAAAAGUUACAUUUUUAUUUUAUUUAACUCGACGUUUCAAGACCUUUCCAGAUCUCGUUUUCAGGGGGACUGCAGAUGGAGUGAGUCAAAGAUAGUAUUUGUCAUAGUUGUCAUUGUGAAGUUUAGCGCCAUUUAUUUCCUCGGAGGUGGUAUUUGCUGUACACAGAUAGAUUUGACUCACUCCAUCUGCAGUCCCCCUGAAAACGAGAUCUGGAAAGGUCUUGAAACGUCGGGUUAACUAAAAUAAAAAUGUAACUUUUACGCAAACAACUAAUGUAAACAGUUACAGCUACACGCGUUUUAAUCCUUUAAAAAUGUUUUAUUUAAAUGUGUAACACUCGUGUUAAUCAAAUAAAAUACCAAAUUUAAUUUGUUUAAUUAAUCCCAGAGGUGAGGUAUAUAACUUUAGCACGUUAUCAACUGUAAUAAAUCCCGUAGAUGCAGGCACAACCUGAGAGUUAAAUAAGACAACAAGAUUUACGAACGAUGCGUCACUCGGGUGGUUGGCUCAGUUGGUAAGAGCGUUCGGCCGGAACCCGAGGCGCGGAUUCGAGUCCGUCAUCGUCCAUAAAUUUUAGUACAAAUUUAAUAUGCAUACUUUAUAAUGUUGUUUUUGUAUUUGCAGUUUAUAAUUAGAUAAGGUUAACGUAUUAAUUCUAGUCUUGUUGAAGUGUGGCAAGUGCAGAAGCACUGUUAACGUAGUGUUGUUCCUUAUUCUCUGUUACAGCAGUCAUAUUUUAAUAAGGAUACGUAUUAUUCAAACAAAAAAAACCGAAAGAUUCGCUCACGACAUUGAAACACAAAUUAUGUUAGAAACAUUUAAAAUCUAUAUAUAUAAAAGAGAAUGUAUGUUUGUAUGUUCCCUAAUAACUCCUAAACUAUUCGAGCGAUCUCAAUGAAAUCUUUUGUAAUAGAUUCGUUGAAGCUCAAGAAAGCUUUACAUAAAUAGCUUGUCGUGUCACGAUCCAACCCACGCACUCACCCGCGCAUUUACCAUAUCUCUCGAACCGUUUAUUGACAGUACAACGUCUGUCGGGUGAACUAGUAAUAAAUAAUAGAUAAAAAAAAGCUCUUAGAUAAUCAAACAAAAAAUUAGAAAAUAAUUUUCAUUAAGCAUGCUUUUUUACAAUAAAAUACUUUUAUUUUUUUUUGUUUCAUAAUCAUUAAACUAUUCGUAGUUUUGCUCAUUGAUUUUAUUUAAAUUAUUGCCUUAAAUAAUUGCGUCUCAAAACCAGUAAGUGUCUCUAGGAUUUGCACACAAUUUUUUUUUAAAUCGUACAGGAUAAUACUCUGUGUACGUUUUACGGUUACGGCUUAUAUGAUGUAGCCCGUCGACUGAUGGAUUACGAAGUUUUAGUAAUUGGAUUCCCGUUUGAUGAUCUUCGGGAACAUAACCCUAAAAGAGCAGUCGGAUACCAACAGUGGGAGGCUCCUUUGCACAGGAUGCCGGCUAGAUUAUGGGUACCACAACGGCGCCUAUUUCUGUCGUAAAGCAGUAAUGUGUAAGCAUUAUUGUGGUUCGGUCUAAAGGGCGCCGCAGCUAGUGAAAUUACUGGGCAAAUGAAUUUUAACAUCUUAUGUCUCAAGGUGACGAGCGCAAUUGUAGUGCCGUUUAGAGUUUUUGGGUUUUUCAAGAAUCCUGAGCGGUACUGUAUUAUAAUGUGCAGGACGUAUCAAUUACCAUUAGCUGCACGUCCUGCUCGUCUCGUCCCUUAUUGUCAUAAAAAAAACAUAAUAUUUGUUACAACAACGGAUUUGAACAUCAUUAAUAAUUAAGCGAAUAUAUUAGAUGAUUGUAUUUUUAUUUAAAAAAUGUAUUAACUGUUCAAAUCAUGAAUAGUCCGUAAAAUUAUUGUUUGAUUCAGUCUCUAGUAUUGCAAAUAGUAUUAAUUAUUUUAUGUUAGCGCGGGCCGCAAAUAAAAUAAUUUGUAAAAGGAUUUUUAACACAUUUAAUUACUCAGUUUUAACAUUUAUAUCAUGAAGUUAUAAGGCAAAAAUUCAAAAACAUAUUAUAGCAAGGAUAGCCUGUGUCAAACAAGAAAUAUAACACCAACUAAAUAUUAAUGAAUAACAUUAUUGUAAAUUUAGCAUAUUGCAAGUACAAUGAUAAAUGGAAUUUCGUAUAAACUUUCAAGCCCGCAUUUGUACGUCUUAGAUAAUUUAUACGUCUAGAUAGAGCCUCUUGAUUCAAAAAUAAGGUUGACUGUGGAGUACGUACAAAUUGCGAGUGUAUUGCUUGUUCCGCACAUUAAAGUAGUAAACCUGGUCUGUUUUCAUCGGUUGUCUAGCACCAAGAGGCUCCAUCUAGACGUAUAAAUUACCUAAGGUAUUGAUCGCCUUUGUGAUUCCUCUGGUGUUAUAACAGAAUGGGCCACAGUGCAAAAUGUCAAGUGGCUCGGUGGAACGACGAGCAUAUAUAUCUACAUAACCUAUUUGCUUGUCCUCUUUACCCAUUAAAAAAAACACUUAGCUUGUACAAUAUACUAGUGCCAUAUUAUGUAGAAAAAGAGAAUUCUGCUCGGGGAUUACCAUAAACAAUUAGACUCCCAAUUUUUUAUUUAAUGGUCGUCAAAAAAUGUCGAAGUGGCCACUGAUAAGGCGUCUGCAAAAUUUUAUGAUAAUCGGUUAAGUAGUUACAUUGUGAAAGCGUAACAAUCAAACAAAAUUACAUUCACAUUCAUAAUAGGUUAAUAUUAAUAUGGACAGUAUAUUCUAUGAUGAUUCACUCAUUUAUUUCAUAAUAAUCGGGAAAUUACUUUUCGGACACCCGCGUCAUUGUCCGACAAGAUUCCUUACAUAGAUUUAGUUGUCGUGUCUAUCAGAAAAUUUAAUCGUAUUUGUUCACAAAUAAAUUUUUGAUUCAAGCCUAAUUGCCUUGCAAAUAAACAUGCUAUAAAGUUAUACCUGAGAAUAAACCAAGAAUAUGCUAAAUGUUUACAAAUAGACAUUUUGCUUAUGACUGGUUAAUUCGGACGUAAUAUAACGUUUCCCGCGUUUAAUUGCAAGGCUGCCUCAACAGGUAGUUUUCCAACGAAAACUUCAGAAUUAUCACUGUAUCGACAGUGUUGUCAACGAAAAAGUCAACAUUUUGCAUAUUCUUGGUAUAUUCUCAGGAAUAACUUUAUACUUACCACGAUUAUUUGAAAGGAUGUAAGUUUACAACAAAUUUAACGGCUUAUAACGUAAGGCAUUAAAUAGAUUUUUCGGUACAGACAGACGGACAUAUAUAGUAAAUAUAUUAUAAUAUGAAUGUUGACACGGUUUCAUAAAAGGCUGCAACAUUACAAACAGUGACUUCAAUGACAUACUCAAUAUUAUAUUAUACUCACUUAGAUGGUGGUUAUAAAAAUAAUUUCUGUAUUCAUAUGAUUUAUUCUAAAUCAAUGUCUGAUUUUCCAAAGAUAAUCAUUUAGGUUUCAUUGAUUUAUAAUUUAUUAUCUAGUUAUUCUAGCGUUCACUAUGCUUAGUGAACGCUAGAAUUAUAAACAGUUCUGGUCAUUUUAGAAUAAGGUUAGUUAUAAGAUUGUCUUUAUGCACUCUUUUGUUUUUAUGUUAUAAUAAAAAUUUAUCUACGCCCAUGCUUUAAAGCCUGUAUUAAAGUUUCUAAAACAGCUUAUUGCCAACAUUAAAACACCCAAUAUUUUAAUAACCAUUACAUCAGCCAAAAGAGUGUUUGUUGUAAUGAAUGUAAUGGUUACACUAGGACUGGUUUUUUUAAUGUUAGCAGUAAACUAACUGUUUCAGAAUUUUUUAUAUAGAGGAUUAUGGGUGUAAAGUCUUGUGUGCAACUUUUGAUAAUUAGGUAUCAAAACACUCAUGUGAUUAUCACUAUUAUCACACAACAGUUGCAUAAAUAACUAUAAACGAAUUUGUUAUUUUUUGUGUGAGUGUUUUUAUCAGCUGUCGAUUUGUGUUGAGCUAUUGUUUUACUAAUUUUUAGUGUUCACGAUAUUGUGUGAAGUUUUAUACUAUUUUCUGUCUAGCUAUUAUUAAAGAUUAUGCAAUUGUUA